GAGAUAGACAGAGAAGUGGAAAAGAAGAGGGAAAAAAAAAGGAAAAAGAAAAAGCACUCACAAAAGCACAAACAACACAACACACACUCACUCAUAAACACAAAAAUGUUUGAUGGAGUACCAGACCAGUUUCACCAAUUCAUAGCCUCAUCAGCAGCAGCAGCAGCAGCAGCAGCAGUAGCAGCUGCAAGAACCACAACCCUCCCUCUCCCUCUCUCUUUCCCUCCCCUUCAUCUUGCUAACUCUUCAAAUGGUUUCACUUCCUUUGACACUUUGUACACUUCCAACUCACAUAACCAAGUACCCCCUCAGCUGCAGCAGCAGCAGCCUCACUUUUUGCACCCAUUGCACCCCCAACAUCAAACCCAGAAGAAUGAAGAGAAAGAAGAGAACACCGGCUUGGUACGUAUGAACAUGGAGAUUGAAAGAGAGAGAUCCAUGCCUGAAUCGAUUGAUAAUCAUCACCACCACCAUCAUCCUUGGUCUAAUGAUGAAGUCCUUGCACUGUUGAGGAUCAGAUCUAGCAUUGAAAAUUGGUUCCCUGAAUUCACUUGGGAACACGUCUCAAGGAAGUUGGCAGAGCUUGGGUUCAAGAGGAGUGCAGAGAAGUGCAAAGAGAAAUUUGAAGAAGAAAGCAGAUAUUUCAACAGCAUCAAUUGUAGCAAAAACUACAGGCUCUUUAGUGAACUUGAAGAGCUUUGCCAGGGUGAGAAUCCUCCUCCUCCUCAUCAUAACCAGCAGGUUGUUGGCGCAACUGAAAAAAACAAAAACGUGGAAAAGUCAAGGGAAGAUGAAGACAAUAUGGGUCAGAAUUUGGAAGAUGAUUCAAGAAAUAUUGAUGAAUAUCAAACUACAGCAGGAAAUAAUGCCCCAGAGGAUAAUGAAAGAGUGGUUGAGAACAAAGCAGAUAACAAGAACAGCAGCAACAGGAAGAGGAAAAGACAGAAGAAAUUUGAGAUGAUCAAAGGGUUUUGCGAAGAUAUUGUGAACAAGUUGAUGAAUCAACAGGAAGAGAUGCACAAUAAACUGCUUGAAGACAUGGUGAAGAGAGAUGAAGAGAAAGUUGCAAGAGAAGAAGCCUGGAAGAAACAAGAGCUAGAUAGGAUUAACCAGGAGCUAGAGCUUAGGGCAAAAGAACAAGCUAUUGCAGGUGAUAGACAGGCUACCAUAAUCAAAUUCUUGAGUAAAUUCGCAUCAACUGGCUCCUCUAAAUGUUUUCGAAGGAGUAAUGAAGCUCUUUUUAAGGUACCAAAUGAUUCAAAUCCUCCAAGUACUUCAUCUUCUCUAGUGCCAGCACAAAACCCUAAUCCUAUAGUCAAUGCCCAAAGCCAGGGGGAUCAAGUUUCUAGUACUACUUUAUCUACGAUGGUCCUUGGUCAUCAAAACUCGGGUUCUUGUCCAACUGACAACAAUCAAAUCAAGGCCACUUCAAUGACAGAAAACCAAGCCCCUGAAAACCCUAAUCCAAAAACACUCACUUCAUCAGCUCUAGCCCUAGCUCCCAAAAACCCUAAUCCUGUCAACGCUCAAAGCAAUCCAUCACCACCUACUUCAUCAGUGACUGUAAAUAAAGCUCCCCUAACCCCUACAUCCAAUGACAAAGAAGACCUCGGGAAGAGAUGGCCAAGAGAUGAAGUGUUGGCGUUAAUAAACCUAAGAUGCAGUCUCUAUAACAAUGGCGAUCACGAUAAGGAAGGAGCAGCCAUAAAAGCUCCUCUUUGGGAAAGAAUCUCGCAAGGGAUGUCAGAGUUGGGGUACAAGAGAAGUGCCAAGAGGUGCAAAGAGAAAUGGGAGAACAUAAACAAGUACUUCAGGAAGACCAAAGAUGUUAAUAAAAAGAGGUCCCUUGACUCUAGGACAUGUCCUUAUUUUCAUCAAUUAAGCACUUUGUACAAUCAAGGAACACUUAUAGCACCCUCUGAAGGGCUGGAAAACCGCCCGGCUUUGCCCGAAAACCACUCGGCUGCUCUGCCGGAAUCCGGUAACGAUAACUCAUCUCGAAGGGGACCAGCUAAGGAUUCUACUGUGCAUUUUUCUGAAGGUGAGACAAACAUGGUUCAAGUACCAGCUUUUGAAUUUGAAUUCUGAAAUCACAUUGCAUUUUUUGUGUGUAUGUUAAGUUACUACUAGUAUUACAAUAGUUAAUAACAUUAUUAAUACCAUUAGACAUAGUACUUUCUUGGUUUGAUAUUUAAUUUUAUUAUUUUUUUUGCCAACCCUUAGAGAAUCUAAUAUAAAAUUUCUUGGAGGAUAUAUAUGUUAUUAACUUGUAUUGUAGUGAGCACCGACAAUUUGGGAAAUGAGGAUUUAACUUCAGGUCA